GUGAAUCCAGAUCAUCACAGUGGAAGUGGUCCUGUUGGUGGUCCUUCUACUCCUGCUACUACACCUGUUAAGGCAAGUGAAACUGCGCCUGAUAGUGAAUCUGCGGCUCUUGGUGGUGAUGCUGCUGUGGAAAGUGCAAACGGUAAAGAAGGUGAAGAUGCACCUGCUGCUCCUUCUCCUGCAGCUGCAGUUAAACCGGGAGAC